ACGACAAAUAAAUCGUACAAGCAAGCAAGACUGCCUGUAGCGAGUUAGCAUUGAAAUAUUUAUUUUGAAUUGUAUUUCAAAUAAUUAUGCAUUAAUUUUUAUAUUAUAUGCUGUGCCUACUCAUGAAUUCGAAAAGGUAUAACUUUAUGCGCCACCUCUAUAGAGGAUGUCGUUAUUUUCGGGAAAGUGCAACGAAUGUGGAAAGCCCAAUUUAUGUGAAAAGAUUAAGCAAGUAUUUAAACAUUAGUGAAAGCAAAGCACAAUAUAUGUGUAUGAAGCAUCCAAUAAUAACUAAAUUAAAUGAUGAAAAACUUAAAGAAUUAAUCGAUUCUGUAAAUGAAAUGGGAUUCUCUAAUGAUUCUCUUGUUGAAGAAUCAGCAGUGUUUGGAAUAUUGCCUGUUACCUUAAAAUUUCGAUACAAAGUUUUAGAAGAAUGUGGCAUACAGAAUAUAUCCCUAGAAUUUUUAACAACAUAUUUAACUAUUAUUAAACAAAUACCGAUUGGAGAGUUGAAGAGAUUAGGAUACAUACUUCCACAUAUUAAUGUUGAAAACAAACUUGCAAGCUACAUGAGCCAGUGGCCAACCUCCCUCACCACAUUGAUUGACAGAGAUAUAAAUGCCUCAUCAUUGUAUUCACUCCGCUUAAAAAUAAUUCAAAGAUAUCUUGAACUUGUACUUGAUCUAACAAAUGAAGAAUUUUGUAGAGGUCUCAAAACAUAUCCUACUAUUAAACAUCGGCCUUUACAAUACAUAAAUGAAACAUUGACAAUAUUACAAUCACAACUAAUGAUGCCUAAUCAAAAAAUUAAAGCGAACCUGUAUCUGAUACACGUGGAUCCAGAAAAUUUAAAGAAAUUAAUAUACAACUUUCGUACUAUCGGUGGAAUUGAUAUAAAAGAAGUUAUUAGAAUGCAUCCAAAAUUAGCCACAAGAAAUUAUUCAACCAUGCUGGAAAUAAGAAAGCUGUUGGAAGAUUAUGGAAUAGGGAAUGAGGCACAGAGAAGAUGUUUUGGUAUAUACACUUUGGCCCCUGCAACAAUAAGAGAAAGAUUGGAACAAGCCAAACACAUACCAGAAUUUAGCACAUUUAUAAAUCAUCCAAGAUUUCUGAAGAUGAUACACUACAACACAAUAGCAAUAAAGCGACUGCACAAAUUAUACAGUCAGAACAAAAAGUGUGUUAGUUUAAAUGUCCUGUCUGGUAGCGAGGCACAUUAUGAAACAUUUGAAAAAGCACCUGGUGACAGGUUAGGCAAAGGAAAAGAUUUAAUCUUCUGUAUAUCACAGUCCUUAGGAAAGAAAUACAAUAUGACACAUGUGCGAAAUGUUAUAAAGAGGCACCCUUUCUGGAUAAACACUCCAGUGCUUCAAGUAAAAUAUGUUUAUGAGCGACUGUCCCCAGAAUACAGUGAUCAAGAUAUUUAUGAAAAUUGUAGUAUUCUAUUAUAUCCUUGGAAAAAAAUAAGGGAAACUCUUAACAUAUUGGAUAAAAGAUUGAUGCAAAACUAUACACCCUUAUUCCAAGACAAUUUCAACUAUGAAUCUUUGAGUAAAUCUCAGAAAUUGAGUUUAGUUUUGUAUUUACUGGAGAAGAAUCACUAUUUUUCUGGUAACGGCAUAUGGACUGAAGAAAAAUAUAAAAAUGUGGAUAAGUUAGAAGACCACAAUUUGGACCAGCGACAAAUUAUGUGACUGUAAUUUUUUUAUUGCAUUGCAAUAAUAAAUAAAAAUACUGUAAAGUUGUUUUAUACCU